AUGAUUACUGACACGAUUGACUUAUCUUCUGAUGAAAGCUCUCAAAGUGAUUAUGUGUCUAGUUCAGCAGUUACAAAUUAUAUCAACAAAUAUUCGGACGGUUCAGAUACAGGACCAUCAACUAGUAUAACAACUCAUUACAAUAAAAACCCAUGUGAAGACCCUCCAAUCACUGACAAGAAAAAGAGAGGUAAAAAGAAAGAAAAUGAUAACAAGAAGAAGAUAUCUGCUGCAGAAAAACAGGAAUUAAAGAAAAGACAGGCAGAAGAGAGGAGAGCUGCCAAAAAUGCUAAUAAAAUAUAUAAACCUGGCGAGUGCAUGAAGCACAUGUGUAUAGAAAUGCAUCCAGUUUUGCUUGAAUCUUGGUUUUGUGCAGAUGUUCAGAGGGAAGCAACUGCUAGUGGUGUCAAAAUAAAACCAUCAUCUAGUAUAUGUGAUACCUCUUUAGUUCUUUGGACGAGAAAUGUAAUGCCUACAUUAACAAAUAAUGACGGAUUUGUACAACUGACACCAUCAAAGGUAAAAUGUAACCAUGGUCUAUAUGUUUUUGCUGUCGAAAAUGUGGAACAAUUGGUUAUCUCUCACAGUUUGUCCAAACAUAUUAAAGAUGCAGCAGAGUUAGCGGGAUGCAAACUUACUCUAGUGUUGUUUGGUGUUAAAGACUAUUUUAAAACAUCUGGUCGCAAAACUUCGAAAAACCAGAGGCUUAUGACAGAGAUUGAUUUAGAAAAAGCAAUUACAGAUUUACUAGUAAGUGCAGACUGUGACACUGUGAUAGUGAAUACACCCAACGAGCUGGCACUCACUAUAGUCCAGUUCACCAAAGCGAUAGCAGAGGAACCACAUAAGAGAGCGAAACGUAUUCUUGACGAGCAAGCCGAUUUCUAUAUGAGGGGUGAAAAUAAGAAAUGCGUGCCCAUAGACAAAGAUGGUCACGGUCUAAGCAAACUAUGGCAACAGAUGAUAGCCAUUCUGCCACUGUCGAGUCUAGAAACAUCUAGAGCGAUAUGCGCUCGAUAUAAAACUCCUCUUGAAUUAUAUGAAGCUCUCCAAUCACCUGAUGGUGUGUCACAAUUGGCCUCGAUAGGGGUGUCUCGGGCUGCAGUGCCGGGGGCGAAGGCCCGUCGUGUCGGACCUGAGUUUGCUAGAAAGUUGCAUGCCUUAUUUACUGAAGACGAUGGAAGCCUUUUAUUAGAC